AUGAUGAAAAAUGAAAAGCAAGAGUUGCUCGGCUCUUCUCAUACCUCAUCGGAAGAAGAAAAUCAAGAACCACGAGUUGAUGAAACGAUAAUGAAAGAUAAUGCGUUCAAGGAAUUGGAUAAACGAUUAAUUGAAACUAUCAAGAAAAAUUAUGGGAAGGAGCUGAUCGGAAAGGAGUCGGAGCAAUUAACGGAAUUAAUUGAAAAUUACAUGCAAGAUGAUGAGGAUUUACUUGGGAAUAAUGAUGAAAUUAUAGAAGCGAUUGAUGAGGAAGAAGAGGAACUUGAACAGGAGCAAGAAGGCACAAAAUCCAACGAUCGCCCUCGAUUAAUAUUCCGAAAUUAUGAUCCAACGGAUUACAAACUUAAACGAUACAAAAAGAGACACUACGCAACUCUAGAUCCACGCGAAAAAACAUCUAAAUAUUUUGCAUCUCCUAUUGAAGCCACAGAAGUGAUUCUUCGUGAUCAAAUUUCAGGCUUACUUGAGGAAGCAGCAAAGCUACAGAGCUUGGCUUCAUUGGAUAAAAUGUUGGAAGGUGAAGAAGAUAACAGUGAUUUGAAUUUGUUAAAGCCAAGAAAACUUAAUGAAGAUCUAAAGAGACACAUCAAGGAUCAAAUGGAUUUCUUAGAAAAACAAACUAAUCAGGCACUACGAGAAAUGUUGCAAGAAAGAAUUGAAGAAGAGGAAGACGAGGAUGAAGAAGAAGAGGAAGACGAAUAA